AUGGGCACUGUGCGACACAGUGCCGUGGGGGCGGAGGUGGGUCUCCGGGCCCAGGCUCGUGGUUUCGGCCGUGGUGACAAAGCGUUUAGAAGGGAAACGUUGGUACCCUUCUGCCAGGGUGCUUGCUCCGUGGCCAGUGCUGCCGCUUGGUGGAGGAGGUGUGGCUUCGAGACCCGUCUGGGUGGGAAGCCUGCCGGUCUGGUCCUCAGGGUUAAAGACCGAGGUCCAGAAGCCACAAGAAGGUUUUUUAAUUGGUUUUAUUGGAGCAUUAAUCUGGGGGCAAUCAUUUCUCUGGGAGGCAUCGCCUACGUUCAGCAGAAUGUGGGCUUUGUGACCGGCUACCUCAUCCCAGCGGUCUGCAUCGGCAUUGCUUUCCUGGUCUUCCUCUGCGGCCAGAGCGUCUUCAUCACCAAGCCUCCUGAUGGCAGCGCCUUCACCUAUAUGUUCAAGAUCCUGGCAUAUUCGUGCCGUCCCCAGAAGCGAAGUGGAGAACGCGGUCAGAGUGGUGAAGGCCUUGGAGUCCUUCAGCACUCUUCUAAACACAGUCUGUUUGAUUCAUGUAAGAGGUCUCGCGGAGGGCCGUUUGCGGAGGACACGGUGGAGGACGUGAAGGCCCUUGUGAAGAUCAUCCCCGUGUUCUUGGCUUUGAUACCCUACUGGACGGUGUAUUUCCAAAUGCAGACAACGUAUGUUCUGCAGAGUCUUCAUUUGAAGAUUCCGGCGAUUUCCAGAAUCACAGCCACUCCUCAUACGGUGAGAACAACUGAGAUGAUCUGAAAAUUGUCACUUGGAGCUUAUGUAGCAGGCGGGUGCCUUCCGCCAGUCGUAGGUCCUUCCCGAGGGUCCUCGGCUGCUCGAACCAGAACAUUCUCAUUGGAAUGGAACUUUUGCUUAUUUUAGAGACUAUUCUAUUGGCCGUGUCGUUUCCUAGAUCGUUGACAAAUGUCAGCCAAACACUAAUCUUCCUACCUGACUUUUUUCUCCCUAAAAGCAUAGAAGAACAAAUGCAGAUGCACUUGGAAAUGAAAAUCUUUUUCAGUUCCAGUGUCUUGAAACUGAGACUUUUUCCUUAGGAGGUUAUACUUUGUAUGAAUGGACUCUUCUAGAAUAAAGAUUUUCUCAGGGCGCC